AUGCAGAGCAUGCAGAGCCUGGUUGUACAGCCUCGAGCGGCGCCCGCAAGAGAAGGCUCAGGAAGUCUCCGUUCUGCCAGAGGCUUUCAAGCCGGCUGGGCAUCAGGUUCUUCGAAUGGAGCGGCGAUCGCCGUGGCUUUGCCGGCCAUGGCUUUGAGGAUCGCGUCAAGGCGGCGGGCGGUAAGGCGGAGGGCAGGGGUUCCCCACGUCCGCCGUGCCGCUGCGGGCUUUGCCGUCGCCCCGCCCAGGCAGCGGGCCAGGCGUGGGCCGAAGGGCGGCUUCGCCAAGGAGGCCAAGCUGAGGAGCUGGUUGAAGCAGCUGGGCUGCGUCGGCAUGGACUUGAUCGAGCUCGGGCAGAAGUCCGGCGUGUGGCUGAAGCCCGAGCUGAGCAGCGAGCAAGAAGCCGCUGUCAAAGAAGGAAGGAUCGUCUUAGAGGUGCCGCGGCAAGCUUGGAUCCAAGCUGACCGAGCGACGUCCUCCAGUGACAUCGAGGAGUUGCUCGCUGCCGAGCUCUUGAAGGAAAGAGCCAAAGGGCCUUCUUCCAGUUUCGCGCCCUACGUGGAUUUCUUGUGGCGCAGGGAUCUUUCCCACCAUCCCAUGUUCUGGACGCAAGACGAGAUCUCCUGGCUGUCGGCCUGCGAUGGAGCACAGAAUGCGGUGCUGGCGAUGCAGGAGCAAGCGGAGUGUCGCCGAGCGAAGCUGUGCGAGCGACUGGACAUCUCUGUGCCAGAGGAGGAUGUGCUUUUUGCCCUCUGCCUAGUGGAGAGCAGAGCAAUCCAGACCGAUGGGGUUUGCGGUGCGUUGGUGCCGCUUCUGGAUCACUUGCGCAAUGAUUCGACUGCCGGACCUGCUCUGAUUGUUGGAGAUGAAGGUGUCGACGGCGGUCCGAUGGUGGGUGUGGCGCUCCACGAUCUGGAGCCUGGAGCGGAAUUACGAAAUUGUUUCGAGCCAGCGAGUAACCUGGAGCUCUUCACUCAAUACGGUGAGGUGCAGAUCAAAGACACCUCCACAGAUGAAGAUGCCGUUCCUGAAGCGAACGCAUUUAACUAUGUCCAGCUUCCGAUCAAGGUUCCUGCAGAGCAGUGGCGGGCAAGUUCAGAUUCACUGAAGAAGGUGAAGUUGGACAUUUUGCGCAGGCGUGCUGGUUUUGACUUCAGCCGGGAAGCUGACGGCUCGGAGCCAUUCAUGCGGCUUCCAAUGGAUGCCAUGGUGACCGGUCGCCUUUUGCCUGCGGCCCGAUUCAUUUGCAUGCCAGUGCCGCCGCAGGACAUGGAGGAGACGUGCGAUGCUCUUUUCGCGAAUCUCUUUGCAGACUGUGAUCCUAGCCUGCUUCCUGGCAGUGAGCUCGAGUGGGGUGGCCAUUCGGCAAGUUCACGAGCACCGCCCAAGAAUGCUGACGAGUUGGCCCUGGAAGUCAAGGCCCGAGUCCUUGUGGCCGAGUGGUUUGAGAACAGCUUGCGGGGCUACAACAAGAUGUCCGAGAAGAUCGCACAGGAGUUGGAAGACACAUUGAUUACUUCGCCCGGAUCUCCGACUGGGCCGGGGGAUAGCAGCCAGCCACAACUGGCAGAAAUUACUUAUGCCUACUACAAGGCAAAGCGUAAGGAUGGCAGGACAGGGAAGAGUCGAGCACCAAAGACGUGCCGAGUACUCUCCGCUCGUCCCAGCGACAAGACGGUCACAGUUCAAUUUUUGGAGAACGGCGUGAGGCACACUAUUCCCGAGGACUGGCUGGUUCGUGAGGCUGACAAAGGUUCAGCCGCUGCGGAGAAGGCUGGUGAAGAAGCCGGUGCCGCUUCUGCGCAUCGGGCGCGGGGCCUCCUGGCCAUGGCUCUCCUGGGGAGCCAGUCUUCCAUCCUCCAGGCUUGCUAUGAGAUGUUGUUGAAUGUGCUGCAGAUUGGUCAGGGAAUCCUUGACUGCAAACAAGAGCAAGAACGGAGAUCCAUGGUCCAACAGCUUCAGCAGGCUUGGCAGGAGGAGUACGACAUGCUCCUCCAGUGUCAGUCUGAGAACCAAGAGCCUGCGUGA